GACACCCGCCAAGAAAACAAAGCAAAACAUAACUGCCUUCUCCUUCGCUCUCCCAACUGCACCUACUUGCAGCGGUUCCCUGUCGAAGUUGGCGACCUCACCUUCAUAUAUUUUCCCCUGAAAUGGAGCGUUGGAUUGCAAGAGCAACGCUGCUUCUCUUCUGCUUUCUCUGUUUUACAAGCGAGCGGAUGAGCGUGACCGGGACUCAGAUACUCUCGAAAUCGAAGCUUGACAAGUGCGAGAAGACUUCUGAAUCUGAUAGCCUCAACUGCACCAGAAAGAUAGUUCUCAACUUGGCCGUCCCCAGUGGUUCGAGCGGAGGGGAGGCGUCCCUUGUUGCAGAAAUAGUGGAGGCGGAAGAGAACUCGUCUAGCAAGAUGCAAACUCUGCGAGUUCCACCAGUGCUAACAAUCAAUAAGUCUUCUGCUUAUGCCCUUUACGAGCUUACCUACAUCAGAGAUGUUCCUUUUAAGCCCCAAGAGUACUUUGUCAAGACAAGGAAAUGUGAGCCUGACGCCGAUGCAAAAGUCGUGAAGAUAUGUGAGAGGUUGCGAGAUGAAGAUGGUCACAUUAUCGAGCAUACUCAGCCAAUUUGCUGUCCCUGUGGACCACGAAGACGAGUUCCAUCAUCAUGUGGAAAUGUCUUUGAUAAGAUGCUCAAGGGAAAGGCUAAUACUGCCCAUUGCCUCAGAUUUCCAGGUGACUGGUUCCAUGUAUUCGGUAUUGGACAAAGAUCGCUUGGAUUCAGUGUUCGGGUAGAAGUGAAAACAGGAAACAGAGUCUCGGAGGUUGUGGUGGGUCCUGAGAAUAGAACUGCGACUUCUAACGACAAUUUCCUAAGGGUGAACCUUAUUGGAGAUUUUGCCGGUUAUACGAAUAUUCCAUCAUUUGAGGAUUUCUACCUUGUCAUCCCAAGACAGGCGGCUCCAGGGCAACCACAAAAUCUCGGGGCAAACUUUUCGAUGUGGAUGCUGCUUGAGAGGGUCAGGUUUACCUUAGACGGCCUUGAAUGCAACAAAAUAGGCGUUGGUUAUGAGGCUUUUAACGGGCAGCCAAAUUUCUGUGCUUCACCUUUCUGGAGUUGCUUGCACAAUCAGCUGUCGAAUUUCUGGGAUGCUGAUCAGAACCGAGUGAGGAGAAAUCAGUUGCCGUUAUAUGGAGUUGAAGGAAGGCUUGAAAGGAUAAAUCAGCAUCCAAAUGCUGGGACCCAUUCCUUUUCUAUAGGAGUCACCGAAGUCCUGAACACGAACCUCUUGAUUGAGUUAAGUGCUGAUGAUAUCGAAUAUGUUUAUCAAAGGAGCCCUGGGAAAAUACUAAGUGUCACCAUCCCGACCUUCGAAGCCCUCAGCCAAUUUGGAGUCGCUACAGUCACGAUUCAGAACGUUGGCAAAGUGGAAGCAUCCUAUAGCUUAGUGUUUGAUUGCUCGAAAGGGAUCACCCUAACGGAGGAACAAUUUUUCAUAAUGAAGCCCAACGAAGUUCUGACUAGAUCGUUUAAACUGCACCCUACAACGGACCAAGCAGCAAAGUAUGUAUGUGCAGCUAUACUUAAGGACUCUGAUUUCAGUGAGGUCGAUAGAGCUGAAUGCCAGUUCAGUACCACUGCCACUGUCCUUGAUAACGGAACACAGAUUACUGCUUUUCAACCACCGAAGACCAGUGUUGGUUUCUUCGAUUCCAUAAAGAAGUUAUGGAACAGAAUAUGGGAGGCUGUGAUUGGCUUCAUCACGGGGAAAAGUUGCAGACGUGAGUGCUCUGGUUUUUUCGACUUCAGCUGCCACAUACAGUACAUAUGCAUGAGCUGGGUGCUAUUGUUCGGACUGCUUCUCGCGACUUUUCCAACAGUUCUAGUGCUGCUGUGGCUUCUACAUCAAAAGGGUUUCUUCGACCCACUUUACGACUGGUGGGAAGAUCAUUUUGAAGACAACAGUCAGGGAACGAGAAUCUCUCAUGCUCAUAGACAUGGGCACGGGCCUCACGGACAUCAUACUCACCACAAUAAGCGUCAUCACAGGGAAGGGAGGCACCACAAGAAUGAGAAAAGAAGGCACCAUCACAGAGAACAGGGACAUAUGGAUCGGGACCCGGAUUACUAUUACUAUCUCCACCAUGUUCAUAAAGAUAAGUUCAAGAACAGGCAUGGGAAGAGUUCAGGUUUCAUGGCCUUGGACGAGUUGGAGGAUGAGACUUUCGAACAUCACGAGGGGAGAAGAACGAGAAGAUCUUCAGAAGGAACAUCCAAACUGACCAGAGAGGAGAGAAUGAGGGAGCGGAUGUAAAGCUCUCUACAUCGACCUCAAACAAUCCAUAACUCCAUUUUCCAUCUGGCUCGUUCGAUUUUACGAGCCAUCUUUCCAAGUAUUAUGUCAUUUUUCUCGCAAAAGUAAAAUGUCAUGUAUUAAGUACGCUAUAAAGUUGGUGGCUGGUGUACGGUCAUUUGCCUCUGAAUUUCCUUUUUCCAA